AUGGAGACUACCGAUGCUAUGCAAAAACCAGAAAUUCUACGACCUGAAAUGAACGAAAAUGGCCUUUACGAAAUCGAGUCCUUAUGCAUGAAUUGUCACGACGACGGCACGACGAGAAUUCUACCGAUAAAAAUCCCAUACUUCAAAGACAUCCUAUUAGAGUCCUUCAGCUGCGAUCAUUGCGGAUUCAAGAACAACACGGUCAAGAGCGCAGGCGAAAUACAACCCAAAGGCUCGAAAUACACUUUCCGUAUACAGACACUGGAAGACUUUCAGCGGCAGGUCAUAAGGAGCGAUCAUGGCACAUUUAGAAUAGAAGACAUUGAUCUCGAAAUGCCUCCUGCACCUGGACAGUACACUACCCUGGAGAGUAUGUUUUCAAAGGUCGUCACAGAUCUGCAAUAUGAUCAGCCGACGCGAAAAGAGCAAACACCAGAGACUUACCAGGCCCUUGAGGGCAUAAUAGCGAAGCUCAUGACUAUGCUGGAAGGAAACAGCUUUCCCAUCACUGUAACAUUAGACGACAUAUCAGGCAACUCUUUCAUAACACCAUCGCAGGACGACAAGGGCGAUAAAUACGUACGCUCGGAUUACCCUCGAACGCAUGAGCAAAACGUGCAGUUAGGCCUUGCGAUCGAAGACGGAGAGGAGAACAUCGAAAGAGAUCCUAUGGCAGGCGUGGACAUCGUUGAUGGCGAGAUCUAUGAACUGCCAGCGGAGUGUCCAGCCUGCACAAAGCCAUGUACAGUCAACAUGAAAAAGGUCAAUAUACCACAUUUCAAGGAAGUGAUAGUGAUGGCUACCGUAUGCGAACACUGCAGCUACAAGACGAACGAGAUUAAAACUGGAGGCGCUAUCCCGGAGAAAGGCAAGAAGAUUACUCUCAAGAUAGAAAAUGUGGUGGACUUGUCAAGGGAUAUACUGAAAUCCGAGACUUGCGAAUUACAUAGCGCGGACUUGGGACUCGAAGUCCAACCAGGAACACUGGGCGGGCGAUUCACCACUGUCGAAGGUCUUCUGACACAAGUUCGAGACCAGCUGCGUGGUCAGAUCUUCGACACUGAGGAUGGUGAGGGUCUACAGCCAGGUGAUUCAAUGGCGUCAGACACGAGGCAGAAUUGGAAUAGGUUCUUCGACAAGCUGGAUAGUGCGCUCAGAGCCGAGUUCGCAUUCUCGAUAACGCUGAUCGACCCGCUCGCCAACUCAUUUGUGCAGAAGAACACUGACGGGGAUGAGCAGGAUCCUCAGAUCACGUCCGAGGAGUACGACAGGACGGCAGAGGAAAUGGAAGAGCUGGGCUUGAAUGACAUGAAGACUGAAGGCUAUCAUCCAGACCUGCCGUAA